CGCGCCGUGACGUAGCGCUUCCUUCUCCGCCGCUGCGUACCGGGGGUUGCUGAAGUGCUGAGCGUGGUGCUUAGAGCAGCGGCUUUAAGCGAGAUUUCGCGCAGCUUGUUAGAGCUCCUUUCACCGUUAAUCUGUAGCGGAUCACUUUGCCAAGCAGCAGGAAGUACAAAGAGAUCGAAAAGGAGACGCUUGGCUCCCGGACGCUUUGCUGCUCAGAGCUACGGGCGCUUUGCUCCCAUCUGCUUCCUCUUUCGCUUCGCUCCGGGCAGAGAAGCUGAAUGUGUAAUCAGCAGUGGAUUUUGCAGUAGCUGGAACUUUUUAGUGCAGCAAGUGUUUAUUAGAGGAGAAGUGAGCCACAAAGAAGUAAAGAUGAGUAAGAGCAAAGAUGACGCUCCUCAUGAACUAGAGAGCCAGUUUAUCUUACGCCUACCUCCAGAAUACGCCUCUACAGUGAGGAGAGCAGUACAGUCUGGCCAUGUCAACCUCAAGGACAGACUGACAAUUGAGUUACACCCCGAUGGCCGUCAUGGAAUUGUUAGAGUGGACCGGGUUCCAUUGGCCUCAAAAUUGGUAGAUCUGCCGUGUGUUAUGGAAAGCUUGAAAACCAUUGACAAGAAAACCUUUUACAAGACAGCUGAUAUCUGUCAGAUGCUUGUAUCCACAGUUGAUGGUGACCUGUAUCCUCCUGUGGAAGAACCAGUUGCUACUACUGAUCCCAAAGCAAACAAGAAAAAAGAUAAGGACAAAGAGAAAAAGUUUGUCUGGAACCAUGGAAUUACUCUGCCACUGAAAAAUGUCAGAAAGAGAAGGUUCCGGAAGACAGCAAAGAAGAAGUAUAUUGAAUCUCCAGAUGUGGAAAAAGAAGUGAAGCGGUUGCUGAGUACAGAUGCUGAAGCUGUCAGUACUCGUUGGGAAAUAAUUGCUGAAGAUGAAACAAAAGAGACAGAAAAUCAAGGCCUUGAUAUCUCCUCUCCAGGAAUGUCUGGCCAUAGACAGGGCCAUGACUCAUUGGAACAUGAUGAGCUUCGAGAGAUAUUCAAUGAUCUCAGCAGCAGCAGUGAAGAUGAAGAUGAGACACAACAUCAAGAUGAAGAAGAUAUAAACAUCAUUGACACUGAAGAAGAUCUGGAGAGACAGCUACAGGAUAAGCUAAAUGAAUCAGAUGAACAACAUCAAGAAAAUGAAGGAACCAAUCAACUGGUUAUGGGAAUUCAGAAACAGAUUGAUAACAUGAAAGGCAAGCUCCAAGAGACCCAGGACAGAGCAAAACGACAAGAGGAUCUCAUCAUGAAAGUGGAAAACCUAGCUCUCAAGAACAGGUUCCAGGCUGUGUUAGAUGAACUCAAACAAAAGGAAGACCGAGAAAAGGAGCAGCUUAGUUCUUUGCAAGAAGAACUAGAAUCACUUUUAGAGAAGUGAUGAAGAGUAUUGAUACUUAAUUUCAGUCCUGAGACUGGAAGGUCUUGGUUUCAUCAUUUGGUUAUUAAGACUUUUCAGUACUUCCCAUUCCCUCUAAUGUUAGAAGUUAUGUUGAAUUAUCUCAGAAGUUUUUUUUUUUUUUUUUUUUUUAAGAGCUACUUUGCUAUGUGUUUAUUCUUUAGGAAGUAAGAUUGCAUAGACAGUUGCUUUUGGAAAGUCAUAAAAUCAGUGAUUUGAACAAUUUAGCUUUAAUCAUAGUUUCAUUUGCAGGACUUGCUCCUGUUUAUUUUACAGAAGCUGUUAUUUUCUCUUUUGCUAUCUGAGAUCAAUAGGAAGAAAUUGAUCUGUUGGCAGCUAUUUACAUAUGUUUUUUAUACAUUACCUAUUUUCUUAGCUUCUUAAAGCAAUUCCUCACAUGAAGGGAUGCAAGUCAUUUUCAUAAAAUUGUUUCUAAUAGUAAAUAAAAGCAACUAAUUUUCAUGUUA